GGCGUACCCGGAAGAGAGAGGAAGAAGGCGGAAGUAGAGGCCGGAGGAGAAGGAAGAGAGGAAGAUACCCCAGUGGCAUACAGGAGGAGACGGUAGCGGGGACGAGGAAGCUGGUGGUGAUUCCAACAUACAGCUGAUAAUCCUCUGCCCAACAUUCCUGCCACAAAGCUGCCUUCGCUGCCUCCCGCGUGCACCGCAUCUGUCCCAGCUCAACUGAUCACAACAGGACAUGGCCGGUCGAGGUGCAAAUGCUCGACCAAAUGGACCGGCAGCAGGGAACAAAAUCUGCCAGUUUAAAUUGGUCCUGCUCGGAGAGUCUGCGGUGGGGAAGUCCAGUUUGGUCCUUCGCUUUGUGAAGGGUCAGUUUCAUGAAUACCAAGAAAGCACGAUUGGAGCCGCCUUCCUAACGCAAACAGUCUGUUUGGAUGACACGACAGUGAAAUUUGAGAUCUGGGAUACAGCAGGACAGGAAAGAUAUCACAGCUUGGCGCCCAUGUACUACAGAGGAGCCCAAGCAGCCAUUGUGGUCUAUGAUAUAACCAACACGGAAACAUUUGCAAGAGCAAAAAACUGGGUGAAAGAACUUCAACGACAAGCAAGCCCCAACAUAGUCAUUGCUCUGUCUGGUAACAAGGCUGACCUUUCCAACAAGAGAGCUGUGGAUUUUCAGGAAGCCCAGGCGUAUGCAGAUGACAAUAGCUUGCUAUUUAUGGAGACGUCUGCUAAAACAGCCAUCAAUGUCAAUGAAAUCUUUAUGGCAAUUGCCAAAAAAUUGCCGAAGAAUGAACCACAAAAUGCCCCAGGUGCCCCAGGCAGGAAUCGAGGAGUGGACCUCCAAGAAAGUAGCCCUCCUUCACGGAGCCAGUGCUGCAGCAACUGAGUGCUCUUCCUACGACAGCCCCACCACCUCCUCUCCCCAUCUCUUUACACCCAGCGGUGGGAAGAGAAGAAUAGCAGAAAUAAAAUAAAUAAAAAUGAAAUCUUUCAACAAUAAAACCAACAAAAUGGAGACGGGACUGGAAUCCACUUUAAAACUAAUCAUGUUUCAAUCCCUUCGUGGGGGUUAAGAUGGAUGCUGUGAUUCUGUGUUUAUCAUCCACUCCUCAACUCCGAUUUCUUCUCUCUCAGCGUCCUGUUGGAAAUCCUCAUUCCACCUGCACUUCUUGUGGUUUCUGUUCUUGUACAAAUACUAAUUCAAUUUUUAAGUCUUAAGUCACUUUUUAAUAUAUAAAUAUAUAUAAAUAUAUAAAUAUGAACUAUGAUCUGAUUAACCUUUCCUACAUUUUCCCUGCCCAGACUUUUUUUUGUGUUUUUGGGGGGAGUGGUGGGUGUGAGAGGAAGAAGAGCGAUACUGCAGCUAUUCUGAUGGCCAGCUUACCCAUGAAACCAUCCAUAAAUGAUGUGCUGGAAGAGUAGAAAGUUGUGAAAGUCUCUGUGCAUAUUAUAUAUUAAUAAAAUAUGUUUCACACAUAAUUAUUCACA